AGCCCUCCAGCCGCCAGUCCUUCGCGCUCGACGGCGCGUCUCUGCAGGACUCCGAGCCGACGUCUGCAGGACUCCGAGCCGACGAAAGGGCGGGACAAGGCGGCGGCCAAAGGCAGGCGAGGGCGCGCGUUCGCCAUGAGGCUCCGCGGACUGCUGCCCGUCGUGCUGCUACUGCUGACGACCGAGCUGACCUUCCGGAGCUCCCCGGCGGCCGGAGCCUCUGCAUCCCCCCAAGACGGCGAGUACGCCGUGAAGCUGUGCGGACGAGAGUUCAUCCGCGCCGUCAUCUUCACCUGCGGAGGGUCGCGCUGGAGGAGGGUCGCCGAGAGGCCCACGGAUCAAGCACCACAAGGCGCCGCCAGGGCGCGCGCUGGUAAGACGCUCGCGAGGCGCCGUCGGGGGAAACGGGGGUCGCGGGGGGUCGGGGGCGUCUCGUCUUCCAUAGUGGGCGGUCAUUAUUGUUAAUAAUAAAAAUAAUAACAAUAAAUUAGACGAAGCGCUGUGGCUCUUCCCGCUGAAACAUGGUGCCAAACGAACACCUCCAAUAUCCAACCUCGUCUUCGAAAGACCAGGAAAAGUACAGAUCCCCGGGGAAGGGGGGGGGAGUUUUCUCUGUUCGCCUCACGCUCAGACUUUCAAGAUCCUCGCUUCUAAAGCAGGAUUUAGGUCGCGAUCCUGCAGAGUAGACCCAUGUCUGGGGAUAGGUCCCCACUCCAUGGAGCUCGAGAGAACCAUUUGGAGACUCGUGCGUAAAGACGCACGGCCAAGUCCGUUCUCCCGAGCUGGAUGUGGAACAGCACCCACGAGGGUCAUCUAGUCCGACCCCCUGCCCCUGCACUGCAGGAAUCUUUUGCUCAGCAGUGCGACUCGAACCCACGACCCUGAGACGAGGAGGCUGCCGCUCGACGCGAGCUAUCCAUAGGGCCGCUUCUCAACACAAAACGCAUCGCCAAAGAUCGAAACAUCAAGAGCGCCCCGCCACUUUGCUUUCCCUACCCUUUAGUAUACAGUGGUACCUCGGGUUACAUAUGCUUCAGGUUACAUACGCUUCAGGUUACAGACUCCGCUAACCCAGAAAUAUUACCUCAGGUUAAGAACUUUGCUUCAGGAUGAGAACAGAAAUCGUGCUCUGGCGGCGCAGCAGCAGCAGGAGGCCCCAUUAGCUAAAGUAGUGCUUCAGGUUAAGAACAGUUUCAGGUUAAGAACGGACCUCCGGAACGAAUUAAGUACUUAACCUGAGGUACCACUGUAAAAGCAAUGAUGGUAAUUUUAUUAUUUCUGUGCCAACCAUCUGACUGGGAUGCCCCAGGAAAAUAUCCGUAUAAAAACCACAAUGAAACCUCAAACAUCAAAAACUUCGCUAUACCUUUUAAAAGUCGUGCAGUUGUUUCUCUGUUUGACAUCUGAUGAGAGGGCAUAGCUGUCAACUUUUCCCUUUUCUUGCGAGGAAUCCUAUUCGGAAUAAGGGAAUUUCCCUUAAAAAAGGGAAAACGUUGACGGCUAUGUGAGAGGGCAUUUCCCAGGCAGGUUCCACAGCACCUCUCAGUAUACCGUCUUUACUUCGUUGUUUCUGAGUCGCUAAAGCUUUAGCUCCCCAAAACUGUAAAUUGCUUCUGUUGUAUUUGUUAGAAAGUGGAUCUAGGGAGCAUCAUUCUCACCUGAAGCCCCUGCAUCAUGGCAAAAACUGGAAAUACAGAGUGGUAGGCAGCUCAGCUGAUCUUGUGAAUAAGGCGUGACGUGUUAAUUUUCCCCUAAACUUCAAGGAGGCAGAUGCAAAAAAGUGAUAUCCAGUUUUAGGCUGCCAUUGUGCCUUGCUCUAGUUUAACCUCAGAUUAGUCUUCGAAACACUAGCAAGUGUGAAUACAUACAAAAGCAACUUCUCAUUUAAAAUAAAUGGGGGGGGGAGGCAAAUGAAAUAUGUAUAAUCCAGCCAAAGUUAAGUCUUUCAAAUGUCUUGCUGAUUUCAGUGGUGCUUGCGCAUUCUCUUUGUUUGAUUUGAAGGAGACUUAAGACUUGUGGGAUUUGCAUACCACCCCCAACUUGUUUGAAUUGCAAAUACUCUGUGUGUGUGCUUGCACCACACAUAAUCUAUUGUUUCCUGUGGUGAUAUUGGGUAACAAGUAUAAGACUGCCUGCUGCUCACAGCUUCUCUGAUUGACAUGCUCAACUGGUUAACUAAUUCAUAAAGAAAUGUCCUAGGCGAGUGCUUGCAGAUUAUUUUAAUACAAUAUAAAGUGGUAAAUGAAAGUAUAUAGCAGUUCUACUAUAAAGCCCCAGUAUAUGCUAUAAAUCUUGAUUUAGACACUGGGUUUAGACCAGAAGCAAUUUGAUCAAUAAAAGGAACUUAGCAUGGGGAUUGAAGAUGAGCACCAAGGAAGGUAAUAACAGCUGUUUUAAUUAGGACUUCCAAUAUUCAUGUGCCUUUAAAUUUCAACUAUCCUUUUGAGGAAAAGACUGUAAACUCAAACAUCUAAAUUGAGGACUUAUAAAAAACAUUCUACCACAUGGCACAAUCUCAUUUUAUAUAGCUGUUGCAUCUGCAAAUGUACAUUUUUCUGCUGCACAUAUCGGAAAUGCCAUAUCAAAAUUCAGUUGAAGCAUGAAUGAGUUACAGAAAUUGGGGGGUUAGAGUUCAAAACUCAGCCGCAUAUCUCUUAGAUAAAUUCCACGUUUUAAAAUGAUGUAUUGGGAAUUUCCAAUAGUGAUGUUUGGCAAACAGGUGUUCUUUUUUUAAAAGCAAAAUACGUUGGAUAUUCUGCAUGAUUACCUAGUAAAUAGACCUACUGGAUUAAAUAUGGCAAUAAUAACUCAACCUGUAUUAUAGAAUCAGUGAGCGUUUCAGAAACGUGGUGUGAAAAAUCGUAAGUGGUCUAAAAUGGGGAAGGGUCAGUGCCCUAUCUCUAAAUCACAACCUUACUACAUGCUCAGUAUUUCAAGCUGAAGACUAUAAGAAAAUGAUGUGGUUGUGUCUUUUAACUGGGAUAAUUAUACUUUCCUGUUUCCUGUAAUAUAUUUCUAUUCUUCAGAUCCCUACCUCUUUUUACAGGAAUCACAUUCUGAGUCCCAGAUUCUAGCAGCGAACUUAGAACAUUUGCUCAGCAAUUUCUUUUUGUACUUGAAAUGUUUAUGGGUAAAAAAAACUCCGAUUGUUGAAUAAUAAAUCAUUGGUAUAUUUUGGACUUGUUAAAAUAAGAUGCAUUGUUUAGUCAGGGUUGCCAUACGUUCAGAAUUUCCCAGAUAUAGCCGGCAAUCAGCCAUCGGUAGCAGUGUCCGGGCUGAAAUGUCUGGGAAAAUCUGGACAUACAGCAACCCAUGUCAGCAUUGUCUGGUUUUGCUGUUUUUCCUUCAAAAUAGGCCAAAAACUUCAUAAUUUUUUGAGAUUUUGCAAAAGGAAAAACCUCAACAAUUUUGGGUAAAACCAAAAAAGCUCAACAACAAUAUGGCAGCCCUAGUUUAGUUAGCAAAAUUUGCAUAUCACUACUUAUUCUUGCAAGCUGCUCCUGAAAUAUUUUGGUGAACCAGUGGGGUAAAAUGUGUAUAGGUAAAUGCAUGAAUAAUACUCACAGUAUCACUAACAAAUUUCUUCCAAAAAGCUCAGUAGACAUUUUACAAAGGGUCGCCUUUUGAUAGUUUCCUUUGUUUUACCUUAACAGAGUUUCUUCAAACUAGCACGGACAAAGGACUGGAUAAUAUUAACUUGCAGUCUGUCUUGGAUCCUGAACUGGAGCAACUGCAAAGCAUCAGUCAACAAGCUGGAAAGCCGUCGCUGAAAGACUUUUUAAAUUUAUAUGAUUAUUUUAAUGAAUAUGUUCCUACUUCCAGUGAAUACAAUGAAUACAUCCGUCAACUGGGAGAUGCAGCCCACGAGAGGAGAAGCGAAACUGGGUUUGCCAAUUCCAUCAGUUCAUAUAACUUUCCUUUGGUCAAACAGCCUAGAAUAAAGCGUGCAACCCCUAUGGGGAUUGCCGGACUGUGCUGUAAUUGGGGAUGUAGCAGAACUGAGAUUAGUAGAUUGUGUUAAAAAUACCUUUAUAUUUGCACAUCCAAUUUUUCAGGAACACCCAAAAUUCAGUGUUGUUUGCAGUGCUUUUUAAUUGAAUACUGCCUGUAUGGAAAAAAAGAUUGCUGAUUUGUAAUCUAUUUUGUCUCCAAAUUAUUGAUGGUGUCCUGGUUUCCUGUAAAAAAUACAAACCACAUGAAUUGCCAUUAUAAUUAUGUUUUGCACUAAAUGUAUUUGCAUUUUGUUAUGUGUUCAUUUUCCUACUCCAAUUCGUCAAAAAUUAUGCUGAUUUCUGUGCCACAUUUGCCGCACUGAAGAGAGAAACCCAACCUUUAAUUAAAGUGUUAUAUAGUCUACAUUAAAUGUGCAUGUGUGAAAUUGGAAGCUAAUGGAUAUAACUCAGCCAGGGAUAUAUUUUCCUAUGCGUUCCCAAUGUGCCGAAGUUCCAUAAACACAAAGCUAAAUACAAACAAUAAAAUGUAGUUGUCCUAGAUUACCUGGGGCAAGAGCUGUAUUGGUUACACAUUGCACAUAAAAGUGAAGAGGCUCGUUCAAAUACGUAGAGAAACCCAUGCAGGAAUUCAUCGGCUCAGGGAUGGCCACAUCAGAAUUCCCCUUCAAAACUUUCAGUGUACUAAACCGCGGUUUGCAGUUUUUCUGCUAGCAUGCCUAGCUGUGGCCAGAGAUAAGGUACCCCGGAGCUCUCCAGGACUCUUCAUCACAGGUGCAUGAGAACACAUAAACUGCCCCUGAUUUUUUUAGAGGCCACCAUUUUCUUUCCAGAACCCGAGACCUGGUUUUCUACCAAUCAGGGAGCACCUCUGUCUUGCUUGGAUCAGAUCUCAGUUGGUUCGCUCACAUUAAGCCUCUAGACACUUGCUGAGGGGUUUUCACUGCCUCUUUCUUAAAUGCAACUAAUCAUAACAGCAUCAAAGCUCUUGAAUAUAUUUCAACAUAAGAUUAGUUAGACCUGUUGGGUUAAACCAACUGUUAGCUUAGCCUUCUGUUUCCAAAUCAAUAAAUGUUGGGCAUGUUAAUGUGUUUGGAAACAGAAGUCCCACUUUUAUGUGCCUGUGUAGAUGGCUGUUUGUUUGUUUGUUUGUUUGUUUGUUUGUUUGUUUGUGUUUUGCAAAAUACUGCAAGGAUUCACCUACAAACAAUACAGUUGUAUGUCUUUGCAGACUCAGGUGGCAACUUGAGUCUUUUAAAUAUUACAGGACAAGCAACUAUAAUAUAUUGCACAUACAAAACUAGUUCUAACGCAGAUGCCUGUAGUACAAAUUCUAUAUGCUGUCAAAAUACCGUAUUUUGCAUUUUACGAUUCUUGUUUUAUAAGCACUGCUCCAUUUUAGCAGAAACUGUAUUCAAUACCAUUUUUGGAAGUGUCACUCCUAAUAAUACAUAGUAUCGCUGCCAAACUAACCCUGGUAGGAGUAGUUAAGGAAGGAUAGUUCUAAUGUUAAUACUAGUAAAUUGCUGAGAAGACGACUCUGGAAACCAGACCACAAGGCAGGGUCUUGGAGGUUUUAAAAAAUCAGUGACUCUGCUAUUAAUUUGUGGACUAAAUUAUCCCUGAUAACCAAUUUAUCUGGUAAAGCAGGAAAAAGUGUUUGACAAUAAAUGCUGCAAGUCUAC